CAUGUCUUUGUGUGUAUGUCCGUGGCGGCCGCGUGGAGUGAAAAGAGGAGCAGCGUCCGGCCGGAGGGAACCCAUGCGGUCCUUGCCAUGACUCGACCCGCGAAGCAGAACCUUCACGCGGCGUGGAUUUUGCUGUGUGUGGCGCAGAUGAGCGCAGUUUCAGGUCUCAAAUGCAUGUGCCAGCUAUGCGACAACCAAGUUUGUGAGACGUUUGCGGACGGCGCCUGCUGGAACUCGGUGAUGCUGGUGGACGGCCGGGAGGAGACGCUCAAAUCGUGCCUUUCUCCGUCCGAGAUGAGAGGUCAGCUUUUUUGCUACAGCUCCCCCAACGCCAAGAGGAACUGCUGUUUCACCGACUUUUGCAAUAACGAGACCCUGCGCUUACAGCCUGAGAGGCCUUCGGAAAACGCAGAAAGCAGCGGCAACAUGUUGCAAUUGGCGGUGGUGAUUGCGGUGCCCUCGUGCCUGCUGUGCGCAGGCGUCGUGCUGGGCGGAGUCGCCGUGCAGCGGCAGCGCCGUGCCUACAGCCGUGCUCGCAAACACGACCCGGAGGACGCCCUUGACGACCGUGCACUAAUGUCAGCCAACAAUUGCCUCAAAGAUCUCAUCUACGACAUGAGCACCUCGGGCUCGGGAUCAGGGCUUCCUCUCCUGGUCCAGCGAACAAUCGCUCGCACUAUCGUUCUUCAGGAGUGCGUCGGGAAAGGUCGCUUUGGCGAAGUUUGGCGAGGAAAAUGGCGAGGAGAGGAUGUGGCCGUAAAGAUCUUCUCCUCCAGGGACGAGAGGUCCUGGUUUCGUGAAGCGGAGAUUUAUCAAACCAUCAUGCUCAGGCACGACAACAUCCUGGGUUUCAUCGCAGCAGACAACAAAGAUAACGGCUCAUGGACUCAGCUGUGGUUGGUGUCCGAGUACCACGAACACGGCUCUUUAUUCGAUUACCUGAACAGGUACACGCUGUCGGUGGAGAGCAUGGUGGUCAUCGCUCUAUCGGUAGCCAGCGGCCUGGCCCACCUGCACAUGGAGAUUAUCGGGACACAAGGGAAGCCAGCCAUCGCUCACCGAGACCUGAAGUCAAAAAAUGUCUUGGUGAAGAAGAACGGCACAGCAGCGAUUGCCGAUUUGGGCUUGGCCGUCAAACACGACUCCAGCACCAACAGCAUCGACAUUCCGACCAAUCACAGAGUGGGAACAAAGAGGUACAUGUCCCCCGAAAUCCUGGACGAGACCAUCAACAUGAGCAACUUUGAGUCCUUUAAGCGGGCGGAUAUUUACUCAUUGGGUCUGGUGUUCUGGGAAUUGGCCCGACGAUGUUCAGUGAGGGGACUUCAGGAGGAUUUCCAGCUGCCUUAUUAUGACCUGGUGCCUUCUGAUCCGUCCGUGGAGGACAUGAGGAAGGUGGUGUGUGAGCUGAAACGGCGACCGAACAUUCCCAACCAGUGGCAGAGCUGUGAGGCUCUGCGCGUCAUGGGCAAGUUGAUGAGAGAGUGCUGGUACGCUAACCCCGCCGCCCGCCUCACCUCUCUGCGGGUCAAAAAGACUGUCGCCCAGCUGUCCACCAUCAAAGAUGCCAAAGAGUGAAGACAUUUCUCAGCCCCACGCUGGGUCAGAGAGGGUGCUGCUGGACUGAGACCGCACCGGGAAGGUACCAUCCCAUGUCCAGGUGGUCUUCAUAGGAUAAAUACAGAAAGUCGAUUGAGGUUGUUCUUGGUGCCAAAGAAUAGUGGAAGGUGCCUGUGGCAGUUUAGCACCAGUUUUGUGGUCAUUAGAACCAAACCAAUGGUAUAAAAACAUGACCUAUGUGGAAACCUUGCUACCUCGUGUAAAGAAGUGCCCUAAAAUUGCUCCUAGUUACCGUGUCGUGCCAUGUUUUGUAGCCAACAGUGUGUUAAAAUGAACUCAUCGGCUGCCAUUGAAAUCCCUAGAUGUCAAAUUUAGUCGUGCUAUUUGCAGAGGUUACACUAUAAAAAGCGUACUUAUUUGUAAAAGGCACUUGCACAGGUGAUCGGAUGUCCUUUAAGUAAAAUGUCCAAAUGCACUGAAAAUUGAAAAGAGGCACUUUGUAUUUUGCACUCCAAGUCAACAGAGGGCAGCACCCUUUUUUAACAUGCUAAAUUGAUUUACAGUGGAAUCCCUUAACUUUUAAGUACAUUUAUUUCCACAACACUUGAGGCCUAAUAGUAAUUCCACCCCUGCAUUGGAGUUUUACUGCUUUAAAUGAAAGUCUUACCAUCAUUUGUACUUUUUUUUUUUUUUUUUAAUUGCUUCACGUAUAUUUUUAGUUGAUGACGCUUUAUAGUGUUCGACAUUUAGGUUUCCACUGCAACUUGAUGCCACCUCUAAUGAUUAAUCAAAAACAAGAAGGGAGAAAAUUCUCUAUCUGUGGCCCACUCAUCAUUGUCAGCUCACUCUUGCCUAAUGAGGAGCCCAUUGGAAUUACAAAACCAGUUGGUCUCUUAACUGCAGUGAAGAAUGUAACAGAAAAGGAAAUUGUCUUCUCAUUGUUCAUUUGUGUUUCCUAGUACCUAACAGUCACAUUCUUUAAAAAUGCGCUAAAAGAUUUUUGCACAGUAAAAGCAUUCCGUUGCCAAAAAGAGCAGAAUGCUAGUUUGGGGACAAACUGAAGCUCAUUCACGAAUGUAAAGUGUAAAUAUUUAUAAUUCUCUUUGUGUUUUCAUUUGAACUGUCAAAGCCAAAGUUGCCUGACGACCAGACAAAUGUUAUAUAGAUAGGGAAAACCUCAGAACAGCAGGUAUUUCAGAGUACUUGAAUAGGAUGUUCUAAAACCUGUUGAAGGGAGAGGACACGCUGACAAGUGUGUGUCUGUGUGCACUUCAAUAUUGAACUUGAAUCUUAGUGGUGUUUGUGAAACUGUGAUUCUGCAGAGCACUUUUUAUUUUCAUUGUGACUACCCAUCCAUUUACAUGCUCUUGUAUUCAAAUUAUAAAGGAAAAUAUUUUCAUAUAUGUUGAAAGAGCAAAUGUAAAGCAUAUAUUUGCAGCUUAUUGUCAUGGACAUUGUGUUGAAAGUAGCACGGUAAAGAAAUCCAAAUGCAGUAUUAAUGAAUGCACUUUUUGUCUUAGCUUGAUUUUUAAUCAUAUUUCAACUUUUAUCAUGUCAGAUUUGCUUUUUCCAUGAAAUUCAAACAUGGAUUGUUAAGACUAUCAAGCAAGGACGUAGGUUUGGUCUCAACAUUUGUAGGGACGAUAUAACAGCAUUACCCACAUGUACACUUUCUGCCAGGGACGGGACAUUAAUAAGACUAUACAGAUUAUUGAACGGGGGUCAGGGCAACAUUUCUCAAGAAUAAGAACCUAAUUAAUUCAUAGGCUAAAUGAUCAAUGCAAAAUAAACCUGUAAUGACAUACUAGCUUUCGUGUGUAUUUGUUCACGUGAUACAAUGUUCAAUUCAAACAUUUCUUUUCAAAAACUACUAAAAAAUAUUUUGAAGUGUAAGUCCCUUUAUUGAUAAAAAUGGGGCGCUACCCAAGAAUGGGUCCACUUCUGGGGGACAACUGGAGCACUCUUAGACUAAAACUAAAGUAUUGUAAUAUAAAAGGGAUUUGGGGAUAAAAUCAAUGAAAAAAAGUCUGAUAUAUCCAAGGACUGAUCUACAUCUGAGGCAUACUAGACUACCCCAGGACUUGAACCAAAAUACUGUCAUGAAAUUGUUGUGUGUGAUUUUAUUUCACAGAUGUUUUUUUCAUGUCAGUGUCGCCCUGAAGUGGACCCAUUCUUUGAUAGCCCCCCCCCCCCCCCGUUUUUUUUUUUUUUUUUUAAAUAAAGGGACUUGCUCUCUGAAGCUAUUGCACUGGAUUACCGUAAUGCACAUAAUGCAAACAAUGAUUGGAAUGAGGGAAGGCUAGCUUGACUUUGUUAUUCCUUGUGGAGGCUGGCCUGACUGCAGUAGUUUUGCAUCUUAGCAAGUUCACACAGUUUAAUGUUAUGCUAACUCUGAUGCAGGUUGGGUUUCAGUAGCAAAAUUAGUGGUGUUUCCACCCCCUCCACAACAUUGACACCUUUUUACAUUACUUACAGUGGCUGCUGCUGGCCGGAAAAUAAAAAAAAAACUUCUAAUAUCCCUCCUCUUCGAAGGGGGCAGAGGAGGCGGCCAUAACGGAUUUUAAGGGGGGCCAGCCC